AUGACAGGUCAAACGUCCCUGGAAGUCUUUCUAGAAUUCAAAUCUCUGGCCCGUCGGAUGGCAGCCUUCGUUGGGGCGGAUGUAGUGGCCGAAAACUACCGACCUAACUACCGAUCCUGGAUGGCCGCGACGGUAACGACGGCCUACCUGGUUACCAUUCCCUGUACGAUCUGGUACUGCUAUCCGGAUUACUUUUUCAUCAUGCAAGCGUUGGCUCCAGUAGGAAUCGGUUUUCAGGGAUUGUUCAAAUUCUACAGCGCACUGGUUCAUCGGAAGUUCUUUCAGGACCGGGCAAAGUAUUUGGAAGAUUUUCAUAGAAAACACAUAAACCAUUCUAGGAACAGAGUUACCCUACUGGAUUUGAUGAGAAAAAGUUACCUGUUCGGGAAAUUUCUAGUGGCAUCGUAUCUAAGCGCCAUCAUUGGAUUUGCACUCUAUCCGAUAUAUAUCUACGUGAUAUACGGCGAAAAAACCUUUGCACUGACCGCACUUAUUCCGGGAAUCAACCAUGACUCCUAUACCGGGUAUCUAAUAACCACUUGUGUCCAAAUGUUUACACUGGCGCUGGGAUUGUGUGGUCUGUCGGCGGCCGAUUUGACCAUUUUGAUAUUCGUCGUUAAUUUGGCGGCACUGGUUAAAGUCUUCAAGGGGAAUUUUCUAGAUUUGAACGAGCUCUUGGAAGCUCCGAUCAGAGAUGAAGAAGCAAUCCGAAAGAAAACGAGAGAAAUCUUCAUAGAGCAUGGUGAUAUUGAAAGCUACGAAACGGAGCUGGACGAGCGCUAUUUUUUUAUCAACUUGAUGCAGGUUGGCUCGGCUGUCUCGUGCUUGAGCAUCGCCCUCUUUCUAUGCUACACGACCAAGUAUUUACCGGGUUAUGGGUUUAUAGCAGGAAUGUUUUUCGAAUUGCUAGAAUUUUGUUUACUGGGAACUAUCUUUACGGUCCAAAACGAUCAGAUGGUAGACGCUAUAUACGACGUCAAAUGGCAUCUACUUCCUAUGAAAGAACGUCGAGAGUGGAAAUUUCUGUUACACAAGAGCCAGAAUGCUGUUGAUCUGACCGUUGGAGGAUUUUCGAAGCUUAACUUGGAAACUUUUGUCAAAAUCAUCAAUACCAUCUAUCAGUACUUUGCCGUUUUGAUCAAUUUCAUUGAAAAUUAA